UUGAUCCUCGUCUGGGAACUCGUCGACGGCGUCGACGUCCUCGACCACCUCAACGCGCGCGGCGGCAGCCUGAGCGAGCGCGAAGCUCGAGGCUUGUUCCGCCAGCUGUGCCGCGGCGUCUCGCACAUUCACGACCACGGCUUCUGCCACCGCGACAUCAAGCCCGAGAACUGCAUGAUCGAGCGCAGCACGCACGCGCUGAAGAUCAUCGACUUCGGGCUGUCCAAGCACCUCGACAGCGCGAAGACGGUAGGGAUCGGCACGCCCGACUACAUGGCGCCCGAGAUGCUCGCCGGCGCCGGCCGCGGCGCCGGCGGCGACCCGUCCUACGACCCCCAGGCCGUGGACGUGUGGGCGAUGGGCGUGAUGCUCUACCUCAUGCUCACCGGAAGCUACCCCUUCGAGGACCCGAGUCGCCCGGGCGACCUCACCGCGACGCUGCGGCGCGUG